AGCCCCCUCCUCCUUAUUCCCCUACUUUCCUCCCUCCCUCUCUCUGUCACAGCUUCCCACACACCGAGGUGGGGCUUUCACCCUCUCACCCUCUCAUCAUUCUUAUAACUCAGGAUAGCGAUGGGGUUAGCUGUGCUUUACGUGUGCGGAGCCCUGCUGGCCAUCUCCAUGACCCCUGGGAACUAUGCAAACCCCAGCGAGGGAAACUUCCAGUUGGGUACAGAAUCUGGGAGCUGCCUAGUAACUCUAAAGCCUGCAGGGAAGUGUGGGGGAGAGGGGAUAGAAGAGGAAGCAUGCCCCUACCGAUUUAUCUUGCCUCCGCUGGACAUCAUGCUGCCCUGGCAGCUCAGGGAGUUGGAGAGGACGGUGAAGGAGGUGCAAAGGCUAAAGGAGACUGUGGAGCAGCUGAAGAGAGCCUGCAUGGAGUGCAAGAUGAGCCAGAGGGAGAGAGAGCGAGAGAGGCUGGGGGACAGAAAGAGGGAGAAGGAGAAAGAAGAGAAGGAGAAGGUGAGAUUGGGAGACAGAGAGAGGGAGAAGGAGAAAGAGGGGGAGAAGAAGUCAGAGAGACAAGGGGGCAGAGAAAGGAAGAUGGAGAUGGAGAAGGACAGAGUGGAAGAAAGGGCCAUGGAGAAUGAGAUAAAUAUUGUAGAGGAGAGAAAGAGAGAACGGGACAAAGGGUGUGAGAACGAAUGGGAAAGGGAAAAGGAGAGCGAUAGGGAGGAAAACAGGGAAUGGGAGAUAGAGAGGGAGAGAAAAAUAGAGGAUGAGACUAAGAGAGAGGAAGAGGAGGACAGGGAGACAGAGAUGGAGAAAGAGAGCAUUUUAGAAGGGGAGAGGGGGAGAGGGGGUGAGAUAGACAGGGGGAGUGAAAAUGAAAGAGAUAGGUUAUGGGAAACAAAGCUGCAAACUGAGAAGGAGAGUCAGGGGGAUAAGGUAAGGAAGAAGGAGCUGGAGACUGAGAGAAAGCGUGAGGGGGAUAAAGAGAAAGAGAAGGAGAGAGGGAGGGGAAAUAGAGAAGAGAUCCAGAAGAAGGAAGAACAUCAGGUGGUGAUAGAGAGGGAGAGGAAGAUGGAGAAUGAGAGGCAGAGUCAACAUCCUUGGCAAGGGAAGGAGAUAAAGAAUGAGAAAAAGAAAGAGAGUGAUCAAGAAAAGAAAGAAAGUGAUCAAGAAGAGACCGGGAAGAAGAUAGAGAAAGAGGUAGAAAAAACUGUCCAAAGUGUGCAGAGAGACAGCAUAGGACUGGUGAUGACAGAUGAUCAGGACACAACCUCACCCAGCCCAAGCACUGGUUUUAAACAUGACUCAAUCCCCAGACCUGACUCCUCAGGACCAGAUCAAAAAUCAAACUCCAUCCCUAGACCUGCCACCAAUCCCAGCCCAAGAUCUAGCUCAGACACCAGCCGUGGAUAUAUUUCAAGUCCUUCCUCCAGCUCAACCUCUAGCCCCAGAUCUUCCUCCAUCUCCAGCACAAGGACAAGCUCAAGCCUUAACACAAGCUCCAGUCAAAGGACCAUCUCCUCUUUACCUCACCAGGGAACCACCAGGUCUGACCCCAUCACAACCCCAAGUUCAGGCACCAGCUACAGGACUGCCAGAACCAGCCCAAGUAUCACAACAAGCACAAACCAAACAACCACCAGCUCAUCAAAAACGACUACUAGCCCAAGAAACAGACCUGUCCAGAAGCACAAGCCCAACCAAGCUAAACAGGCCAUCAGACCCAGACUUAAGUCCAGACCACCCAGCCCAACUAGCGCCUCCAGCUUCACUAGCCUCAGCUCAUGGACCACCACCACCAGCUCCAGCCCUGCAUGGACAAGGACAAAAACAACAACAGGACUCAGCACUAAACCUAAACUAAAACCUAAACCAGGCCAAAAGCCUAUUCCAGGCCUAAGACCUAAACCUGGACCAAAACAAAGGCCUGUUCUAAAGCCCAGCCCAACCAGCUCGUCCAGCUUCAACUCUAAGACCACUCUCAGAACUGGCUCAACUUCAACCCCUACUUGUAGCCUUAGCCCUGCAAUCAGCUUUACAAGACCCAGUCUACAGUCCACUAAGACAAGUACCAGCCAAAUCAGCACCAUGCCGGGACACUCUUCAGCCACCACCACUAGUCCUAGCUCAAAGAUUACCAGCCCAAGCUACAGGACCACUAGUUCCAGCCCUGUGGCCAGCAGUAGCAGUAGCUCAACUCCAGGAACUACAACCACUGCUAGACCUAGCCCAAGGAUUACCAGUCCAAGCUCCAGAAUUGGGUCCCGGUGGACCCCCAGACCUGACCUAAAGCCAAAACCAGGCACAAGGCCUAUUCCAGGCCCCAGCCCCAAACCUGGAUCAAAACCAAAGCCUGUCCUGAAGCUCAGACCAUCAAGUCCAACUGGCUCCUCCAGCUCCAUUCCAGAGGCCAAUCCCAGAACUGGUUCUCUUCCAGCCACCACCAUUAACCUUAGCCCACAGACCAUCAGUUCAAGCAUCCAGGCCAGCACUUCCAGCUCAAGUUCAACUCCAGAAACAACAACCACCACAAGCCCCAGCCCAAGGACUGGCUUCACUUCUCUCAGCUUAAGGUCCACUAGUACUAGCUCCAGCCCUGAGAGGACAUAUGUCCAAAACCCUGAACCCAACACAACGACUACCAGACCUAGGAUUAAGCCCCGACCUGGCCUGCAGCCCAGACCUGACCUACAGCCCAAACCCGGCCUAAAACCUGAACUACAGCCCAAACCAGGCCCAAAGCCUAUUCCAGGCUUAAGGACUAAACCUAGACCACAAUCAAAGCUCAUCUUAAAGCCCAGACCACCCAGCCCAACCAGCUUCAAUCCAAAGACCAGUUACAUAAAUGAUGCAACUUUAACCCCCACCACUAGCCUCAGCCCUGGGAUCAGAAGCCACAGUCGUCAGACCAUGACGACAAGCCAAAGUAGCACCACACUGGGCCACUCUCCAGGCACCACCCCAAAGAUAACUAACCCAAGUUACAAGACCACUAGUUCCGGGCCUGGGGCCAACCACAGCAGUAGCAGUACCCCAACUCCAGGAACUACUACCUCCGCUAGACCUAGCUCAAAGAUCACCCAUCCAAGAUCCAGAAUUGGGUCCUGGUGGACUCGCAGACCCGGCUUAAAGCCCAAACCAGGCACAAUAACAAUUCCAGGACCCAGACCCAAACCUGGACCAAAGCUCAAACCUGCCUUUAAGCCCAGACCACCCAGUCCAACCAGCUCCUCCAAACCUGGCUCAACUCCAGACACCAACACUAGCCUCACCCCAAAGACCACCAGUCCAAGCUCCAGGACUACCAGCUCCAGCACAGGGAUUAGCUUUACCCCCAGUCCAGGCAGUCUCAGCAGAACCACACCAAGUCAAUCUCCAUCAACCACCACUAGCUCUAGCUCAAAGAUCACCAGUUCAAGGAUCUGGACAGGCUCUUUCAGCUCAAGCAUCAUCACACUACACCAAACCAAAACCACCCCUAGCCCCAGCUCAAUGACCAGAUUCACUAGCCUCAGCUCAAGGACCCCCAGUACCAGCAUCAGUCCAGAGACAAAUUCUGCACAACAUCCUGAACCCAGCUCAACAAUCCCCAGACUUAGCAUUAAAUCCAAACCUGGCCUAAAACCCAAACCAGACCAAAAGCUCAAGCCAGGCCCAAGCCCUAUUCCAGGUCCAAGACAUAAACCGGGACCAAAACUUAAACCUGUCCUGAAGCCCAGAACUGCUCCAAAGCCCUGGUCCAAAACCACCACCCAAGGUCAAAGGACCACUUCUCCCACACCUAGCCCCAAGACAUCUAGUACCUCAAGCCAAAGGACCACGACUGACCCCAGCCCACAAAUGACCGCAAUCCCUGGCUCAAGAACUACAAGACCUAACCAACAAACUACUCUCAGCUCUAGCUCAAAAAACAUCUUUAACACUAGCCGGAAAACAACCACUAGCCCUGGCACAAUUACCACUACUAUUGCCAGUCUAAAACGUAAGACCAGCUCAAGCCAACAGAUUAGUAUAAACCCUAGCCCCAAAACAUCCACUACUAAACCCAUCCCAUUGGCCAACUCUAACCAUAGUCCAACUACCACCAACCCUGAGUCCUCUACCCCCAGCCCCAUACUUGAGUCUUCCACCCCCAGUGUGAGAGCACUUCGUGUGAAGACCAGCCGGGUAUCUGCUAGUCUGAAUGACACAAAGGACACAAGUGGGCCAAAGGUUUUACAAGGAGGGCACCCAAAGGUCCUGCUCACAGAGAAGGACCAGGUAGGCAGCAAGACUGACAGAACAGGGAACCAGCCUCAAAACCCUGCACAGAUUUCACCAGGAGUUACCAUGGCACCCAGAGACUGCUCUGACCACAUGGCCAAGGGGGAAAGGAACAGUGGGGUCUACCAAGUGACCCCUGACCCUAAGAAUGUAACCAUCGCAGUGUUCUGUGACAUGGAGUCUCAUGAUGGAGGGUGGACCAUCAUUCAGCUCCGUCAGGACGGCAGUGUGAACUUCAACAGGACAUGGGCUGAAUACCGGACGGGCUUCGGUAACAUGAGGGCUGGGGAGUUCUGGCUGGGCAAUGACCACAUCCAUCUCCUGACCCGACACAGGGAGAUGGUCCUCCGGGUGGAGCUGGAAGACUUUAACAGAGUGAGGGAGUACGCAGAGUACAGGCUCUUCCGUGUGGCUGGCGAACGGCUGCGGUACCGCCUGUCUGUGGGUGGGUACUCGGGCACGGCGGGAGAUGCACUUCAAUUCAGCAAGAGUUACAACCACAACAACAGGUUCUUUACGACUCCUGACAGGGACUAUGACCGCUACCCUUCAGGGAACUGUGGGGCGUACUACGACUCAGGCUGGUGGUUUGAUGCCUGCAUGGCUGCCAAUCUCAAUGGGAGAUAUUAUGUGGGAAAGUACAAAGGGGUGAGGAACGGGAUCUACUGGGGGACGUGGCAUAAUAUAUCUACAGAGUACUACCCAACCAAUGACAGACAAUCUUUCAAGACUGUCAGAAUGAUGAUCAGGCCGAGAGGCUAUGCAAAGUGAGCUAGACAGCUGGCUCUUCGUUUGGCGUACUCAGCUGUUGCAAUUGUCAAACAGCGGGGCUGGGAAACCCUAUAAGGCCUCAGCAAUUUUUCAAUGGGUCCGCGACAUAAACAGGAAACAUAUGUAUUUUUUUGGGAGGAGCACUGUUUAUUAAUGUGCAAAUGCAGACAUUCAGAUUGUACUGCUGUUUCCUAUUUUGGGUGUUUAUAGUGGUUGUUAUUUAACAAGCAGUUUGAAUAUAUUGUAUCUUAUGUACUCUUUGAAAUAUUAUAGUGGGUCAACCCCUACAUCUUCUUGAUUUCUUGACACAGUUUUUUCCCCCAAUCGCUUUGGUGCUAUUUUCUCAAGAAUGUGGUACAUUUUCUAAAAAUUUUGAACAAAACUCCAAACUGCUAAUACAUAUAAACACAGCAAGUAUUUUAUUCAAAACCUUUUAUUUUGCAUUCAUUUUGUUCGGAGACAUCUUUCACCACACAACCAUUGAGCCAAAAUAUAAGUUUACAGUGAAAUACCAUGAUAACAUUGAUUUAAUCACCAAAAUACAACAUAAUGAUAUCUUCUCAAUUUAGUUGUUUUAACAACCAGUUAAUUAAAUAGCAAAAUAUGCAAGAUACAUGGUCCAAAAUUGCCCUUUGAAUGUAAUAUGCUACAGUACUGUAAAUUACAGUAGGUUACACUGUUUUAGCAGAAGGUAAUACAUUUGCACUACCCAUCACAAUUUACAAAAAAAUUGAAUUUCCAUCAUUUCUAUCCAAUGUGUGAUCAAAAGUGUGAUCAACUUUCAAAAUCAUUGAUGCAAAAAAUAAAUAUAUUGUUCAGCUACAAUUACAACAUAAACUCGGCAAAAAAAGAAACGUCUCUUUUUCAGGACCCUCUCUUUUAAACAUAAUUGGUAAAAAUCCAAAUAACUUCACAGAUCUUCAUUGUAAAGGCUUUAAACACUGUUUCCCAUGCUUGUUCAAACAAUGAAUGAACAUGCACCUGUGGAACGGUCGUUAAGACACAAACAGCUUACAGACGGUAGGUAAUUAAGGUCACAGUUAUGAAAACUUAGGACACUAAAAGAGGCCUUUCUACUGACUCUGAAAAACACCAAAAGAAAGAUGCCCAGGGUAUUGCUCAUCUGCGUGAACGUGUCUUGGGCAUGCUGCAAGGAGACAUGAGGUCUGCAGAUGUGGCCAGGGAAAUAAAUUGCAAUGUCUGUACUGUGAGACGCCUAAGACGGCGCUACAGGGAGACAGGACGGACAGCUGAUCGUCUUCGCAAUGGCAGACCACGUGUAACAACACCUGCACAGUAUCGGUACAUCCGAACGUCACACCUGCGGGACAGGUACAGAAUGGCAACAACAACUUUCCGAGUUACACCAGGAAUGCACAAUCCCUCCAUCAGUGCUCAGAGAGGGUGGACUGAGGGCUUGUAGGCCUGUUGUAAGGCAGGUCCUCACCAGACAUCACCGGCAACAUCGUCGCCUAUGGGCACAAACCCACCGUCGCUGGACCAGACAGGACUGGCAAAAAGUGCUCUUCACUGACCAGUCACGGUUUUGUCUCACCAGGGGUGAUGGUCGGAUUCACGUUUAUCUUCGAAGGAAUGAGCGUUACACAGAGGGUCCGUCAUGGUCUGGGGCGGUGUGUCACAGCAUCAUCGGACUGAGCUUGUUGUCAUUGCAGGCAAUCUCAACGCUGUGCGUUAUAGGGAAGACAUCUUCCUCCCUCAGGUGGUACCCUUCCUGCAGGCUCAUCCUGACAUGCCCUUCAGCAUGACAAUGCCACCAGCCAUACUGCUCAUUCUGUGUGUGAUUUCCUGCAAGACAGGAAUGUCAGUGUUAUACCAUGGCCAGCGAAGAGCCCGGAUCUCAGUCCCAUUGAGCACGUCUGGGACCUGUUGGAUUGGAGGGUGAGGGCUAGGGCCAUUCCCCCCAGAAAUGUCCAGGAACUUGCAGGUGCCUUGGUGUAAGAGUGGGGUAACAUCUCACAGCAAGAACUGGCAAGUAUGGUGCAGUCCAUGAGGAGGAGAUGCACUGCAGUACUUCAUACAGCUGGUGGCCACACCAGAUACUGACUGUUACUUUUGAUUUUGACCCCCCCCCCCCCCCCCCCCUUUGUUCAGGGACACAUUAUUCAAUUUCUGUUAGUCACAUGUCUGUGGAACUUGUUCAGUUUAUGUCUCAGUUGUUGAAUAUUAUGUUCAUACAAAUAUUUACACAUGUUCAGUUUGCUGAACAUAAACCCAGGUGACAGUGAGAGGACGUUUAUUGUUUUUGCUGAGUUUAGGUGUACUGUAAUCAAAUUAAACAAAUUCAAUUCAUUAAAAUAACAUGACAUUUAACAUAGACUAGUUUGCAUCAAGGAUGCCUUGAACGUUUGGCCAAAGGUUCUCAUUGACAUCCCAGUAAAUGUCGUCAUUGUUAAUCCACAGUUAAUCCACAUGGGAAAAAACCUUUUGCCCUGGCGAAUAUAAGCCUGACAUACACUACCGGUCAAAAGUUUUAGAACACCUACUCAUUCCGGGGUUUUUCUUUAUUUUACAAUUUUCUACAUUGUAG